AUGUCUCUUAUUGAUCAAUUAUGUCAAAAUAUACUAGAAUUUAAGGGCACAAUGAUAGAAGCUUAAGAUUUGAUUAAAGCAUUUUUAGCAGAUAUUAUGAUAAGAAUAUUUGGAGUAGAAUAGAGACUAUAAUAAUAAGUGUUUAGAAAUUGUAAUAAGAAUUGGAAAGUUGUAGAAUCAAACUUAAUAGGCUAUUUCUAAAGUAAGUAAUCUUUAAUUAUUCUUAAGAUUCUCCUAUCCCAAUUUAAACACUUUUUAACGAAAACAAAUAUAAAAAUGAAGGUUUCAUAAGCAGUGACGAUGAGGAGACCAUUAAGCAUAGUAAAAGAGUAGUUGUUAAGAGAACCAAAUCUAUAAUAAAAGAAGCUCCAUAAAAUGAUAAUUUCAAAGAUGAGUAAAUUCGAAUAAGAGAUUAGGUUAUCUAAGAUAUGACUGUUGGGUAUUAUAAGGAUAUUUAGCAUCUUAAAGAAAUGUUCUUAAGAAAAGAACGUCAAUAAGAUGAUGACAUUAUAGAUGCCACAUAUUAUGAUAUUACAAAAUCAUUUCCACCUGAAGUACAAUUCUACUUAUAAUCUAAAUUAAAAGAAAUGUCAUAAUAAGCAAAGUAAUAGCAAACCAAAUUACAAACUUAAAUUAAUUAGUAAUAGAGUGAAAUUGAGAAACUUAGAAAAACUAUUAAUUAAAUUGUUUCAUAGGCUGAUAUUAUUUAAUAAAUUAAAGCUAUUUUAAUAAUAGAUAGAGAUCUAAAUCGUUUUUGGAGAGGAGUAUAAGAUGUAAUUGGUAAUAGAUAAAUAUUUGAAAUAUUUGAAAAAAAACCAGCUGGUUAUGGGAUUGAUUACAAAUAAAUAGAUGAAUUAAUUAACUAAUCUUAAGCAUCUUAUAGGAUAUUUUCAGAUUAUAAAUAAAAGAUUGAUGGUAAUAAAGGUUAUUAUUUAAAAUAGAAUAAUAUCUUUUAUUUACAGCUUAAGUGGACAAAGAAUUAUAAUUGUUAAGAAAUUAAGUUAAGAUAUUAACAGAUAAAUCAAAUGGAUAAGAAAUUGAAAAAUAAAAAGAUUUUGUUUAAAUUAGACAAACUUUAAAGGCUGGUAUUGAAUAUGUUUAUGAAAUGAAAGAACAAGCUAGUAUUUAUUUAUUUCAUUAAUAUUAAUAGUAAAAGCUAAUUUUAUUCAAAAAUUAGAAUAAUAUGCAGAAUCUAUUUUACAAAAAGAUAUUUUAUAAUAAGUAAGAAGAUGUAUUAAGGGUCAUGCUCUUUAUAAAUGGAUGUAUUUAGCAAAAUGUGAAAAAUUGUAAAAUCAUAAAAUACUAAGAAAAUCUUAAUCUGGAUCUAUUAAUAUUUUUGAUGUUUCUUGUAAUCCAAGAGGAUUAUUAGAUAGAAGAAUUGAUGAUCUCAAAAAAUAAUUAAAAUUAUUAGAAUAUAAUCUAUCAGAGGAAUAAUUACAAUCUUAAUAAUUGAUUGUUGAAUUAAAUUAAAUGAAAACUAAAUAUUAAUCUAUUUUAAUGAAUUAUGAGAUGUAACUUCAUAAAUAUAUGUAUAUGGAAUAACGUACAAUUUAUUUAGAAAAUUAAAAUAAAUAUUUUGAGAAAAUAUUCUCUCUUUUAAUGAGACGAAUUGGAUAUCCUUAAUUUGAAGUUAAUGAAAGAAAUAUUAAUUAUAUAUUAGAAAAAGCAGAUUCUUAAAUAAAAUCAUUUUAAAAUAAAAUAAAUCAAAUACAAAAUAAAGACAUAGAAGAUAUACAUGAAUUGACUUCUUAACUUAUUAAAAAAACAAUUAUUAGAAAUAAACUUAAUUAAUAUUAAAAAUCUACAUCAUAUUGUUAAACUGAUAUAUUUGAUGUAUCAAUAAAAAUUGAAGAUUGUAUAAAAUUGAUUGAAUAAAAUUAAUUAUAAUUACUUUAAAUGUAGGAAUAAUAACGUUUAUAGGCUGAAUUAGAAUAUUAAAAAGAAUAAGAAUAGUUAUAAUUAAAUAAUGAUGAUAUACCAAAUAUCUUAUUAUCUGAUAAUGAAGAAGAACCAAAAGAAUAAAAACUUAUUAAUAAGAUAAGUUAAGAAAGAUCAACUGAAAUAGAUAUUAAUAAUAUGAAUUAAUCUGAUUUUGAUACCAAAAUAUUAAAUCCUCCAAAAACUGCUGACAAUAAAUAAAAAGGUUAAUAAUUAUUUACAUUUAUUUCCAAAAAAAAAACUAUUAGUUUAUCUACUAAGAAUAAAGAAAUAUAAACAGAGAUUUAAGUAGAUUGUAGAGCUAAUUUAGUUAAUAAAAUAUUUAUUAAUGAGUAAAUAUUAUAAUUUUAUCUUUAGUUUAGAUGAAUUUAAAAAGAAUGUUAAAGAAAAGCCUAUGUUUAAAGAAAUGAAAAAAGUACCUUAAUAAUCAAGACCUGAAUUAUAGAAUACAUUUGCAACUUUAAUAUCUUAACAUAAUGUCAAUAAGAAUAGAAAACAAAAUAAUAUUUUUUUACAUUCAAUUAAUCAUAAACCAAUUCAAAUUAAUUGUUAAUAAAAAUUGAAAACUGAUUCAUCAGGUCUUGAAAUUGAUUAGAAUGUAACCUUUACUAAUGAUAGAAUUAAAGUUGUUUAUACACCUAGCAAAAAGAAAGUAAGAAGUGUUAGUAAAAAUGUUUGA